AUGAGAGAUGCAGUUGGCCCAUACUGCUGCGCGCAGUUCGUGGUCCACGAUAAGAAGAUCCGCGAGCGGCCGCUGGAGUUCUACCAGCAGAUGCUGAGGUUGGUGGACGGCACUUUGCAGAAUGAUUUGUGCUAUCCAGGCAAGGUAACGCGCUCCACGCACUGCUACGGAAUGGAGUUUACGUGGCACCUCGUGUUUGGGGAGGAGUAUGACCCCCCAUUGCGCCAGGAUGACCAGCGACUUCCGAUGCCAUUGCGCCUCAAGUUCGGGAACGAGUUCAUCCGAAGGGACUGGAAUGAUGUGGUUCUGAAUCCCAGCACCCCGAAGAAGAUCGUGGAAGAAAUCAACUAUGAUCAAAUGACCGUUAGAUGA